AUGGCGCAACUUGGAGAUGACGAGCUAAUCUCCAUUUUCAAAAGAAUUAACAACCCAGAUGACCGAAGAUCCUUCUCUCAAGUAUCCAAACAAUUCUUGAAACUUGCUUGUAGUCGCUUAACUAAUUUACACAUUGCAUUUCCUGAUUUACUCUAUGAUAUCCUACCCGAAUCCCCAAAUCUUGUCACCUUUGAAUGUCAUAAACCACUUUCAAACACCCACAUGAAACUCCUCGCGCAUUCAUGCCCCAAGCUCCGGUACAUGAACCUCAGUUUAGAAAAAAACACCGAUUCUCAAGCGGAUUCCAUGAUAGAGGUUGAUUUUGAUAACAAUGGUUUGUGUGAAGUUACAAAUGCUUGUAAGAAUUUGUAUUACGUGUCUUUAAGUCGGAGGUUACAUGUUGGAGAUGUCGAAGUUACUUCUCUUGUAAGAUCAUCUAAGAAUUUAGCAGUUUUGGAUUUGAGUGGAUGUGUUAGUGUCACAGAUGAAUCACUCAAAGCUAUUGCAGAAACAACAAGUUGGUUACGUGUUUUGAAUUUACAAGGUUGUUACUUGAUUACCGAUUUGGGUUUGAAGUAUCUUUCAAAUGGGCAUGUGAGGCAUUUCUUGGAGGAGCUUGUUUUGGCUGAAUGUGAUAGGAUUAGCGAUGAUGGCAUUUUAUACUUGAAGCAAAUUCGUUGCUUAACUGAUCUUAAUCUAUCAAAGUGUGGGGUUAACAUUACAGACGUUGGGGUUGGUGCUUUGUUGCAACUCCCAAAGAUAGAAAGAUUGGAUCUCUCUUGGUUGAUAAACGUAACUGAUAUUUCAUUGUUUGUUAUUGGUGAACACUAUUGGAAACUGAGGGCGAUUUCUUUAACGGGUUGUGAGGCUGUUACAAGUGAAGGUUUGCUUGCUUUUGAAGAUCAUGAAACAUUGGAAGAGCUUGAGUUCUUUUCAUGUCACAAUUUUUCUUGGGAAGAUGUGGUGAUACUUGCAUCAUCUUGUGAAAGGUUGAAGUACCUUGGGUUGACUCGGAGAAUGGUGACGCCCAUGCCAGAGGCAGUUCAUAAUGAUUUCUAUGUGAUCAACAACUGCUGGAUAGAUUGGGAAUGA